AGUCUAUAAAAAACCUUGACGUUGUAGAUGGUGUGGAAAUUGAACCCCGAACUGCUAAUCCCCGAAAUAAGCACCCUCAACUCCCUAAUCCCGGUCUGUGGAGACAGUUUGGGCGUUUCCAAAUCCCAGGAUUCUGACGUGGACUAGGAGGCAACGUUGGGAGUGGGAUUUGGACUAAAAGUGAAAAAACGUUUGGCCCAAAGAUUAUUUGUGCGGCCCAUCAAUGCCAGCCUAUUACGUUUCAGCGAGCCUGGAGAUUCCUCGACCCAUCCGCAGACUCCGCUCCUCUGCUCCCGCGGCGACGGCCAUGGCAACGACGAGCGGAUGAUCGCGGCUGCUGGUGGACGAGCGCAACGGACAUUGAAGAGUAGGGUUUUAGGGUUUUAGUAUGGAUCCUGCAGAAAUUCUGUCCGUGAGGUUCCAUUUUGGUGGAGAGUUCGUUCACAUUGGGAAGGAGUUAGAUUAUGUUGGGGGUGACGAGGAGAUUUCUGAGAUUGAGAGAAAAAAGAUGUCACUGCGGGAGGUGAUUGGGUUCUUGAAGGAUCACAUGGAAGUGAAGGACUCAGUGAAAUUGUAUUUCUUGCUGCCCGGCAAGGAUCUUGUGAAUGGCUUGGUUUUCCUCUAUGAUGAUGCAGGAUGUGUGAACAUGUCUGAGCAGAUAACAGAUGGACGUGUUGCAGACAUCUAUGUGGAGUAUCAUGCUGAGCAGGAUAUGGUGAGUAUAUCAAGUGGCAGUGAUUUCGAAGAUGAAAUUGUGAGCUUAGGAGACAACGAUGAGUCUGAAGUGCCAGAAGUUAUAACUGCAGAGGAUGAAGUGGCUGAAACUAUAACUGUAGAUGUUGAUGAAAAUGUGCCAGUUGUUGAUGUUGAUCAAAUUGAACCAGAAGCAAUGGUUGACAAUGUAUUAGUGCUAGAUGACAAUGGUGUUAUCACUCAAGUGAUGACAAGUCCUGGGAAGAGAAUUAGGGGAAGAACAAUUGUCCUGGAAAGCUCACAAGUAAUGGCUGGAAGUGCACAAGUGAUCAAUCCAUCACAUCAUAGCCAAGUACCAAACACAGUAGUUUGUCAAGAUUUCGUACCGAGAGAUGCUGGUAGUAGUGAGGAAAGAGGUGAAGAUUAUUCAGAAUCUGAAGAAGAUAGUGACUAUGUGGCACAUAGUGAUGAUAGUGGAGAGGAGUCAGAGGUUCUUGAUAUGAGGAAGAAAGCAAAACAGUUCAAGCGAAAAAUGAGAGCUUCUCACAUUUGGGUAGAAGGUAAAAAUGCUACUGGAGCAGUUCCUAUUGAUCUGGUAGCUAAUGUUGAGGAAGUGUUAGAAGAUAUUAACAAAGAAGCUGAAUUUGAGUCCUCUGGUGAGGAUUAUUCUUAUGACGAGGAAGAAGAUGGGAACCUUGUUAGGAGGAAGAGCAGAUACCCAAAAUUUGACCCUGAAAGUGAGGUUCCUCACUUCUGUUUGUCCAUGGUUUUCAGGAGCAAAAAUCAGCUUGUUAAUGCAGUAAAAAGAUAUGGCCUUGUUACCAAAAGGAGUCUCUCUUUCAAGAAGUCAGAGGUGGAUAGGGUGAGGGUGAAGUGUGAUUGGCCAAACUGUCCUUGGUUACUUUAUGCAGCUAAAACUACUAGAUGCUCUAGAUUUCAGAUCAUUACUUUUGAUGAUGAACAUCACUGUGCACAGAACAGGGACAAUCACUUGGUUACUGCCAAGGUUAUAGCAAAGAAAUACGAGCAUUUCAUACUAGCCAACCCAACAUGGAAAAUUGAGAGUAUGAAGUCCACUGUACUCCAAGAUUUCUUUGCUGAUGUGUCAACUUCUAAGUGCAAGGCAGCAAAGAAAAUAAUCAUGGACAAGUUACUCUGUGGAAUGAAAGGAGAAUACAGCAAAGUCUUUGAUUAUCAGCUAGAACUGCUAAGGAGUAAUCCUGGAACAACAGUAGCUAUUUGCCUUGAUCCAACUAUCAUGGAACAAAAUAUUUUUCAGAGUUUUUAUGUUUGUUUCAAUGCACUGAAAUUGGGCUUCAAAGCUGGUUGUAGAAAAGUCAUUGGACUUGAUGGUUGCUUUUUCAAAGGAGCAUGUCAAGGUGAGCUUCUUUGUGCCAUUGCAAGAGAUGCAAAUAAUCAAAUGUACCCUCUUGCUUGGGCUGUUGUUGAGCAAGAAACCUCAGACACUUGGGAAUGGUUCCUUGGGCUCUUGAUAAAAGAUUUGGACAUCAAUGAUAGUGGAGCAGGGUGGGUUUUUAUUUCGGACAAGCAAAAGGGCUUACUCAAAAGCAUGCAAACAUACUUACCCAAAGCAGAACAUAGAAUGUGUGCUAGACACAUAUAUGCAAAUUGGAGAAAGAAAUACAGGCAUCAUGAAUUUCAGAAGAUGUUCUGGGCAAUUGCAAAGUCAUGUAACAGAGAAGAUUUCAUGUACAACAAGGCAAAGCUUGCACAAAAAACUCCUGAUGGUGCUAAAGAUAUCAUGAAGACAGAUCCGAAGCAUUGGGCCAGAUCCUUUUUUGAAGUUGGUGUAAAGUGUGAAUCAGUGGAUAAUAACCUUUGUGAAUCAUUCAACCACGCAAUCAUUGAUGCUAGAUUCUACCCCAUUGUCAGCAUGCUUGAGAGGAUCAGGGUGAAAGCCCUUGUAAGAAUUCAAGAACAAAGAGAGAAGGGUGCAAAGAUGCAAGGCACUAUUUGCCCAGCCAUCUUCAAGAAGCUCAAAGUCAGCAUCAAAAUGAUGCAGUUUUUAGAAGUUAUGUGGAAUGGGAAGGAUGGAUUUGAAGUCAGGCAUCUCAAAGGGAGACAAAUACGAUACACUGUGAAUUUGCAGCAGAGAUAUUGUUCGUGUGGGUACUUUCAGUUGUCAGGGCUACCAUGUUGUCAUGCCAUUACUGCCAUCUAUAAAUGUGGCAAGACUAUUGAUGAAUUCAUUGACAACUGCUAUUCGAUAGAAGUAUUCAACAAAAUCUAUGAGCACUGCCUUGAACCGGUUGAAGGAGAGGAGAAAUGGCCAGUUUCAUCAAAACCAAGGCCACAAGCACCUGGAUAUGUGAGGAUGCCUGGAAGACCUAAGAAGAAUGAUAGAAGAAGGGAAGAAGGUGAAGCACCAAAAGGGAAAAAAAUGAGCAAGGCAGGUAUAAUUAUGACAUGCUCAUUUUGUGGUGUCAAUGGGCACAACAAAUCUGGUUGUGGCAAAAAUCCCGAGAGGGGCAAGAAGAAAAAUGCACAUCUUGCUAAGUCUGGCAAGAAAAUAAAGACAACAGAGCAAGCUCAAACAGAUGCAGGAAAAGUAGCAGGUAAUUCUACACAAGCAACAUCUGGUAUUUGUACACAGGCAGCGGGUAGUUUUGCAGAGAACGCACCAAAUGCUUCUACCAACAAGUUCAAGCCUCCAAGACCUGCGGCACCAACGGUUCCUACCAGAACAAGUCCUAGAAAAGCACCAUCCUCAACAACAAGAGCACCAACGGUUCCUACCAGGAAAAGUCCAAGAAGAGAAGCACAAUCAGCAGUAGCUAGUUCAAGCAACCCACAAGGUGCUACUGCCGCUAGGAGAGGAAAAAAGAGACUUCUAAGUGGAAAAUUGAAAGAGUACUUGACUGCAUCUGGAAACUAUUAAAGCAACGGCUAGCAUUCCUGUGUUGCUUUUGUUUAUCUUCAGAAACUGAAUAUGUCAUAUUUUGUCAACUUCACUGAACCUGUGUUCAUCAUGUAAUGCUUGAGGAAACUGAACAUGUGUUGAGCAUGAUACAUGUUAUUUAUGUGCACUGAACCUGCAGCAGUGUGUUAGCUGUUAGCUUAUUGCAACUGUGCUACUUCUACAUAUUUAUGCAAAUGAAUUGAGAAUGCAAGCAAGUC